AUGCCGUCCUCGGCUUACGCCGCCCAAGCUUCUCCUCGAAACAGGCUUUCCCGGAGAAGCUGCAACCUCUUGUUGCUGUCCAUCAGCAUCGCCCUCCUCGCCAUCGUCCUGCUGUACCUGCUCUACCGCCGCUGCCGAUCCGAGCGGCGCGCUCGCCACGACGAUGAGCCGCUUCCGACCCCUCACCUCGGGCUGAGCAUGCACGACAUCGCUGCGCUCCCCACGUUCACGUACGGGCCGCGGGCGGCGACGCCGUCGCCCCAGGGCAGUAACAGCAAGGGGAGGGCGGAGUGCGCUGUGUGCCUGCAGGAGCUGGAGCACGGUGACGUGGUGCGCGUGCUGCCGGCGUGCACGCACUUCUUCCACAGCAGCUGCGUCGACCCCUGGCUACGCGCGCACGCGUCGUGCCCGGUGUGCCGUGCACACCCGGAGCCAGAGCGCGUGCGACCGGGCGAGGCUUCUCUUCCGCCGCAGUUGCCACAGCUGCGUCCCUGUGAAUUGUCGCCCGAGCGGCCUACAUCGACGACGAUCUGCGCAGACAUCUUGGCACGAUCGCCGCUGAGGAAUGGAGGCUCGACGAGCGGGUCGAAUGAGAGGGUCAUCUCCAGGUCGCCGUCACGGGCACCCAUGGUGGGUGACUACGUCCUGUCGAGAUCUCCGUCGCGGAUGCCACUGACCCAUGCGUUGGUGGGCUCACUGGAACGCACAGAUGCGAGCGGCAUCGCCAUCCCCACCGGCGACGUUUAA